CGGCGGCGGCGGGCGCGGGGCUCGCUCUCGCCUUGACAUUUUAUCCCCCAGAGCUGCAUACUUGGAGCUGGCUUGUACGUCCCAGUCAUGAAGUUCUGGAGGUGGGGCGGGCUUUAAUUUGCUUAUAUCUAAUGAUUUCCAAAUCCGGGCUUUAAAAUGGCGGCAUCCGUCCUGCACCCCUGCUAAAGCCUCCCCCAGCACUUGGGCGACUUUGCUUAGUGCUGCUUUUGCUUCUGCAGCUAACAUAUGGCAUGUGCUGCUGCUGCUGCUGCUGCUGCUUCUGCUGCUGCUGCAGCAGCUGAGAGCUGGACCCCAUAGUAGCCGAACCAGCCGCCGCUCCUACUCCUGACCAUCAGCGGAAGGUAUCAAGACCAUAUUUGUCUCAGAAGGAAUUUGGUUACUGAAAAGUGCCUUUCCUGAAACCUCUACUACUUGGAUUUCUCUCUAGGGCUGCCUCUCCCGAACCUCCACUCCCACCCACUCCUUUCCUUUAAAAAAAAUUUGGCGUUGCUUUUAGUUCAUAUCCUGACGGCAACUCAUCCAUCCAUUUUUUCCUCCUAGUACACAUCAUUCGCUCGGCCAUUUUCCCUCCCUCGUUCCCCCCCCCUUUUUUAAAUUUAAACAGUUGCAACAUCCUUGCGCUUGUUUGAACGCUUCCCAACCGUGAUUUUUUUUUUCAAAGCCAGAAAUAAGGAAGACAAAAAAAAAGUUUUCUCCCCAAGGGCCAGGCCCCUCCACAAACCGAGGCGCUGCCAACAACAUAUGCUUUUUGCAGAGAAUAAUUGAAACCAUCUAAACUGGAGAGAGCAUAGAAUCCCUUGGAAAGCCUGCUAGUUCUUUCCAAGUAACUUGGGGCAGAGGCACAGUCCCCCCUCCCCCCAGUCGCUAUUGGACCUCCUCCCAAUGCACUUUUAGGAGCUGGCCUUGAAUUUGAUUUUCAGUUCUCCUGCUAAGAUUUCCAUUGUGCAAUUGGCUUUAUAUUGAAUUCUCUUUCGAAUAGACCUGAUUGGACUUAAACAAAAACCUGAGUGCUGACAAAUCUCGAAUUUUACCAAAGCAACGAGAUUGGUUUCUUCACGGUUCACUUGAAUUCCCUUUUUUAACCCUUUUUAAAAUUAGCAGGGACAUUGUCCUUAAAUAAAAACAACAACAAAAACCGAGAAAGAGUCCAGUUGCGAGUUCCCCCUUGGUUUUGACAAUGGCCGUCAACGUGUCUUUGGUUCGGGAUACAAAAUGGCUGACUCUAGAAGUAUGUCGAGAGUUUCAGAGAGGUACUUGUUCUCGAUCUGAUGCAGAAUGCAAGUUUGCCCAUCCAUCGCGGAGCUGCCAUGUGGAGAACGGUCGUGUGAUUGCCUGCUUUGAUUCUCUUAAGGGCCGCUGCACUCGAGAGAACUGCAAGUAUCUUCACCCUCCUCCCCACCUAAAGACCCAGCUGGAAAUUAACGGGCGCAACAACCUGAUACAGCAAAAGACUGCGGCUGCCAUGUUUGCGCAGCAGAUGCAAUUCAUGCUCCCGGGCGCUCAGCUCCAGCCAAUUACUACAUUUCCUGUGACUCCAUCGCUUGCGACUAGCCCCGCCAUGGCUUUCAGUCCUUAUCUAAGUCAUGUUUCUCCUGGGAUGGGCUUGGUUCCUGCAGAGCUUUUACCAAAUGCUCCUGUGCUGAUGUCUGGAAACCCGCCUGUCACAGUACCAGGAGGCACUGCUGGUCAGAAAUCGAUGCGUACAGAUAAACUGGAGGUUUGCAGAGAAUUUCAACGUGGAAACUGUACCCGAGGUGAGAAUGAUUGUCGAUAUGCCCACCCUGUUGAUAUUGCCAUGAUAGACGCAAAUGAGAACACUGUUACCGUGUGCAUGGAUUACAUCAAAGGCCGCUGCUCUCGGGAGAAAUGCAAGUACUUUCAUCCCCCUGCACACCUGCAAGCCAAAAUCAAGGCAGCUCAACACCAGGCUAACCAGACAGCUGCAGCUGCAAUGCAGUGGGCCCUUUCCCGGCAUGCACAAGUCAGGUGGCCUUCUCUUCGUGGAAAGAUUGAUGCCAGGUCCUUUUGGGGAGCUAGAAGAUACUCAUUGUAUUCCUUGCGUCGUAUAGCGGCCCUGGUACCUCAGCUUGGAAAAACUCGUUUAGCGGCCCUGGCCCUGCCACCUGGUGCCCUCCAACCUUUACCAAAGAGGCCAGCACUUGAAAAGAACAACGGUGCCACCACAGUCUUCAACCCAAGUGUUUUCCACUACCAACAGGCUCUGGCUAACAUGCAGCUGCAGCAACCAACGUUUAUCCCAACAGGGUCAGUACUGUGCAUGGCACCCACUGCAAGUGUUGUGCCCAUGAUGCACGGUGCUACGCCCACCACUGUGUCCGCAGCAACAACACCUGCCACCAGCGUCCCCUUCGCUGCAACAGCUACAGCUAAUCAGAUAUCCCAGUUAUCAGUAGAUGAACUGAGUAGCAGCAUGUUUGUUUCACAGAUGUAAACGUAACGAAUAGAAACAUGAAAAUUCUGAACAGCAAAAUCCUGGAGUAUCAGAACCUCUCCUUGGGACGCUGCACAUGGUCUUUCUGUACGUUUUUCCAUUUCUCCUCUCUUACCAUCUCUACAGUAAGCCUGUUGCAGCAUACAUGUUAACCAAAAACAAAACAAAACAAAAAUAUCAUAAAAAUUUUUUAAGCCCCCCCCCAAAAGUGAAAUACCAGAUUUAUGGGAAUGUAAAAAAAUUUUUGAAAAAAGCGCGCUCUAUAGAAAAGAUUAGCAAACAGUGCUCUUGUAUAAGAUACAGACAUAGACAAACUAGAAUCAACUUUUGUAACAUGUUUCUUUAACACACGUAAUCUUUUUUUUUUCCGAGUACCAUCACGAUACGUGCGAAUGCACAUUGAACUGUUGUAUAUUAUCAGUGGAUAAAUGUUCGUCUUUUAAAAGUGUUAUCUUGAGGUUUUGUUUACAUCAUAGUCUAAUUGAGUUGUUUUAAGGUGUAUCAAAUAUACGCAAUAUCAUUUCCCAUUAAUGUUACGUCUUAAGUUUCCACAUAAUAUAGUUCUUUGGUGUGGUUCAUUUUUUACACUAAAAAUGUUAUGGUGGGAAACAGGGAUGAUGGGCUUGAAAACCACGACAUGAGAAUGUUGCUCUAUCUUUAAUCUGUGGGCUGGUUCUGUAGGCUUACAGGGCAGCCUUCUUGAAAGGUUUCUCUUUUGAGGACAUCUUGAUUGUGCAUGCAGUCCCUUACCAGUUGCACAUGCAAACGUGGCAUGUCAACGUGUGCUUGUUUCCCCUUUACAUGAAGCUGUGCCCCAUGGACAGGCAGAAACCCCUCGGCUGGCUCCUCAAAUGUUCAAACAAAAAUGAAAUUAGACUUUGCCUCCAUGACCAAUUUCUCAGCAUCACAAAUAAAAGUCAUACAAAGGGACCAUUACCAUUUCUUGGUGGAUCUCGGAUCCCAGCCCCCUUUUCCCCCCAUGGGAAUCUCCAAAUCUGAGCCAUUUCAACAUCUUCAGCCAAGAAAUUGGUCCCUGGAGGUUUAAAGGUACAUUAAUUAGUGAAACUUAGGGGCAGCCUAGAGGGAAGAGCAUGUUCAUAUAUUGGUGGGGAUAUGUAUCCAGCCCCAGAAGCUUUUUCCUAAGUAAGGCGUAAUCUGGAAAAGCCAGCAUAGGUGAGAGUGAAAGCUGGUUCCAAAUGUGACCUUUUCUCCUUAAACGGACACAGCUCCAGAGUUAAUGGUCGUAAAGUAGCCACAGCGGGGAGGGGAGGGAAUGAUAUUAGAGAAGCUGACUUGAGGAACUCUUUCUGUGGAGCCCAAGAAGAAACACAGGCCAUUUCUGUGAGCUUCUGCCCACAGGAAGUUUCUGUCUCAAUCCAUUUCACCCGUGAAGCAACAGUAGCUGAGAUGUCGUGAGCACCUGUGAUUUCCAUUGACCAUAUUUUCAAACUUCUGGGUCUCCCAGGCCCUCACCAAGCCUUUUUUGUUUGUUUGUUUGUUUGUUUAUGUGUUUGUUUGUUUGGUGGAAACUUGGAAUCUAUAGACUCUUAGACAUUUUGCUGCCCCUUUUGAUCAGACCCCACCGAGCUGAGAUAAAUUCAGUUGUCCAUGCUCAUAGAAUUUACAACCAAGGAAAAGGUUUACUUGAUUACAGAAAUAGAACCAAUAGGAAACAUUUGGCAUUUUCCCAUCAAUUUGCAGAUAAUGAUUUUCUAAUCACUUGUCAGUUUGUCCUUUCGUCAGGGAGGAUAAAAAACAGGCAUCGUUUCUGGCAUAUACAAUUGGGGCAAUAUAUAUUUUAUGACUUGCUGACCCAUAGGGAACAGCAGGAGACUAAGAAAGGGAGAGCUGAGGGGUGGGGAGAAUAUUUGAAUCCUACAAAAAUGUGAGAGAUGGAAAGGGCUUUCAGAAAACAUCUAGCUGAGCGCCCUUCCUCCCUCCCUUUUGCUGAUGAAGAAACUGAGGCUUCAAGUGGGGACAGUGACUUUGCCCCGGUUAGUAAUGGAGCUGGGCCUAGACCCUGGCUUUCUUUCAUGCCUCAGAGAAACAACACUCUUCCAGAGAUGUGAUCCCCCCCAAAAAUGCUCCCAAGGGAGCAUUUCUUUUGCCAGUGGGUGAGGAUCCCAAAGCAGAGGAUUAGGCCUGUAAUGAACAAAAAGCCUUAUAGGUCCUAAUCUCUAGCCCAAGAAGUAGGCUGCAAACCAGACUGUCAGUUCAUUUCUCAUUUGAUUUUUUUCACUGGUGUCGGCCGGCCUAACAUCCCGGAACAGUAUUGCCUGAGAUUAGUGAUCUAACAGGCAUCUUUUAACCACUGAAUUUCUGUUUCCCGUGGUCUUAACAUUGUUAGUGGAAAAAAAAAAAGUGAUGUGUAUUUCCUGUAAGUGAUUCUUUGUGUAUCAAAAUGGGUUUUGCACAACCUGCGUGCCAGUGCCUCAAUCAAAAGCAAACCUGAUCACAUUCAGCCAGAAAAGGAUGUACUGCUAAUGACCAUGGCUUUCUUCGCUAAAGGAGGUUGGAAUUCUGUCUGUGCUCAAUGGAGUUUUGUAUAUCUUGUCCCUUUGACGUUAAGCCUCCAAUUUUCUUUAAGUUCAACAGCUGGCAUUGAUGUGCAUAGAAUGUAAACCUAGAUCGCAGCUGUUUUCAUGUUACAUUUAAAGCACUGAAGAAAAAGAGCUAGAAAAGGAUUUUAGCAAAGACGUUCAGUAAGGGAUGUCCAGUGUAGGGUAAUCUUAGUGCGCGCCAUGACAGUUUCCCCCCCCCUCCCCCAAUUGCCAGCAAAUCCCAUGCUAAUUUGUGAGCGAGUGCAAGGGAAGAAGGCUUGAAGUAUUCACCAAAUUCCAAACAAACCUUGGCAAAAAGCAAAACAUAACAUAACCUGCCAUUAAAACUCGCUUGUGCAAUGAUUUUUUUUUUACUGGAAUUUUCUUUGUUUGAAAAGAAAAGCAAAACAAGUCGUCUGACUCUAAAUUUCCUAAGCAAAAGCAAAGCCUAUUACAAAGUCACCAAGCUAAUUAGUGACUCUAAACAAGUGUAAGAUUUAGAUUUCAUCCUUUAUUUGACAAGAAUUGUAUGUAAAAUUUAAAACAUUAUAAUUUUAGUGACAUUUUAUAAGCUUCCCAUUUUUCGUGCACCUAUAUUUUUAUUUAUCCAAAGUUAGUUUUGGUCCACUUUUCUCAGCCUAAUGCAAAAAUGUGCAAAAACAGGGAAACUUAGGUAAAAUGGGUCAUGCAGAGGGAAAAAGAAAGCUGAGACUGAGUGUUUGCAAGGUUGUUAGUAAUUUCAGUUCAGAAAACUGCUGCACGACCAGAACAGAGACAAAAUAUUUUAAGAAGAGGGACUGAAGGAAAAUGGAUGCUGAAAACAGUGAUAAUUCUUAGGUUCAAAUACAGUAUUUCCUUUUACAAUUGGCACAUGAUUCCGCAAUCAGCAGUGACACUUAAUUUCUCAUUCCUUGACAAGGUUUUCAACACUGUCACUGAUGAUUGUGCAGUAAAUCAUUUUGUUCCCCCACUUCAUCCAUUUCAGAACAUGCUCAAGCACUUAGAUCUCACCAUAAGUGUCGUCUUGCUCUGUGUAGGCUGUGGCUUCCCAAUGGCCACAGCCUGGGCUUAUCAGCUCACCACUUGGUGGGGGGCUGGGGGAGAGCCAGGCUUCUUCCUAAAAUGCCCUUCCCCCUUCCUCCUCCUGCCAUCAGCAGAAGCAGAAUAACAUAAAUCUUUAUGAUUUGAAGCCAUUCUCAGCUCCACAGCCAAUUAACAUAAUGCUCUUUUAAUUGGGCACUGUUUCACAUUACAUUUUAUCAAGUAAAGAGAGAGGGUCCCACGUACCCCCUGGGAGCACAGCUUUGACUGGGCUCUUCCCCACCAAGAGCUCAGUUGGGAUGGCUUGGAUCGGGUCAGAGGCAGUCACAGAGUCCCGAUUCAUUCCUCUAAAGUGUAGACUUUGAUACAUCAUCAUACACAGGAUGAUUAAGAAGCUAGAGUCCUCAUUUUCCCCCUUUAUCUCUUGUACAUUUUACGUGCAUUGAAACCAGAUUAAAAAACAACAACAACAACAACAACAAGGUGAAAUUGAUGAGGAAAAUCUCAAAGCCCAUUCUCAUCAAAUGGACUUUUGUCUGACAGUGAUCUGAUUUUACCAUAUGCCUGUUAAAGGCCUUAGAAUAUACUGUAUGUUAAAGACUGUAAUAACUUUCUAAAAAUAUAUAGUCAGUAACCUAAUCCAAAUGUAAAUAUAGGUACAAAAUGUUGUUUCUAGGCACCAGCUUCUUAGUUCUUAGUGCAUCAUCAUGUAAUUAAUUUUAUUUUAUUUUCUGCUAGCUUUUAAUGUAUUCCUUAUUUUUGCUUCUUGAGCUCUUUAGCCAAUGGAUGAAUUUAAUUUUGAAGGAGAAUUAGAGCAAGGUUAAGAUGUUACUCCACAAACUCACCUCAUGUAGUUCUGUUCUAACCCGUGAACCCCUGUGGCUUAUACAGUUCAUAAAGAGUCUGUCCAGUUUACAGGUUCAGAACCAAGUUAGCUUUGUACACAACUCCUACAAUGACGGAUUCAUUCUUAACUAGUUCUCUCAAGUUCUUGACAACAAAACUACAACAUGGCUACCUUCGUAGACAUUAUUUGUAAGGUUUUUCACAUGUAAAUUUCAAAUGAAGUAAAACAGUAUGAGUUCAUCCAAGGUGCCCUUCCAUACUGUCAGAGAAAGAUGAGAUUGAAUAUUUGAAAAAUCCCAAAGCCCCAUGUGAAAGCUGAAUGGGUGACUCCAUUGUCACCUUUUCGGUCCAGAAGUUUACAACAUAUGGCUUUAGAGUCAGGUUUUAUAGCUUGUAGAGAUUGUCGUGUGGAAAGGGUUAUUCCACAGUAUUUUCACUCUCCAGACACAACCCACCCCGCUGCCUUUUAUUUACAGCACCGCCUCGGCCGGCCGCCGGUCUCUGCUUCAUUUCAUGUCUCUCUCUUCUCUCCGCUGUGUGUCAAGUCACAACAGUCUGAUUUCAUUUCUGUAGCUCUGCCUGCCAACGUUCUGUUGUCUGAGAUUCCAUACUUACUUUCAUGAGUAUAUUAGAGGCAAAAAUCAGGGCUUAAUGAAUUAAACAUAUGAAUAUGUUAAUGUUAAUUUAUAUUUGCAAAGCUGUACAUACAAAAAAAUAUUGUGGAAUGACCCUUUAACAGUGUUGAAGCUACCAAUAUGCUGCAGUUAAACUGAUUCAGUUAGUGUGCGAAUGAAUGUGUGAGACACACCUUUUUUGCACUUAUGUACAUAGUCCACGAAAGAAAUCCUUGGAGCUUAUUUUGAAUAUAAAAAAUCUGUAAUAACACAGAAAAAGUUUGUAAAAGAGAUAGCUAUUACUGAGGCUUUGAAAAGAAGGACAUUUUUGCUACAACCCUUAAUCAGAAAGCAUGCCAUUUUCGCUUUGCUUCUUGACUGCAUUCUCAUUUGCCAUAGCGUACCACACAGCAGAUUACUCACAGGUCAACUUCAACUUGCAGCACUGAAGAUGGAGAACAGUUCUUAGUCCGUUAGCAAAAUCAUUAGCACAGAUUUUAAUUGCAUUCAUAUGUCAACCCUCUUUUGAAUCGUGGACUAUGUAGAUACUGAUAGGUUUCUGAAUCAUGCUUUUUUCCUUUCCCUUGGAUGCCGCCAUUAACUGUGGAGAAUACUAUACGUUAGGAGACACACAGCCCUCAUUCAGAUCAGCCCCAAUCCCCAGUCUUCUGUCAUGGAUGGCCAUCAAUACAAUACAUGUCUUCAAUUCACAGUUUAAUUAGAGCAUUUCUUCAGCACCCAUUCCACGUCAGGCACUGUACUCAGUGCUAGAGAUACAAAGACAAAGUGGAACCACCCUAGCCCUCAAGGAACUUACGUUCCACUUGGGCAGAGGGACAACUUGUACACAUAUGAGUCAAUACAGAUUUGAUACAAAAUACAUAGAAAGUGACAGGGGGGAACUGACAACUGAGGGUGUCAGGAAAAGCUGUGUAUAGGAAGCUUUGUAUGUCGCCCAGUUGGAAAUGAAAUCAUUUAGAGACAACCCCUCAUCCCUGACUUUAGUCUCUGACUUUAGUCUUCUGGCCACACAAAACAGAAUUGGGAAAUACAGAUAAAAGAAUUGAAGGACUUUUCAAAAGGCUCUUUGGCCAGACUUGUCUAGGGGGGUGGUUUUGCAUUGACCCCAUUUCUCCAGCCACAACUUCCCUUCAGCUCUUAGGGAGCCCUGCUUGCAUGAUCCCUACUUGGCAGGGACCAGCUCUGAGCAGGCUUCAUUGGACCACGCCAGCCAUGCUAUGUUAGACCUAACUGGACAGCAGAGGAACAGCCAUGGGCCUAGGUGGCAGGUUAGCUGGGCUGAGAUGUUAAAAAGACUGAAUUAGGUUCCCCUAAGUCUCUUCUGGCUCCUACGUCAACUGUCGGAAGCCCCUCUACCUAGUAAGCUGAGCUGACGAUGGCAUGUAGGGAUGGGAGGUUAAUAUUCAGUACCUCAACUGUUGGCCUCAAUUUUCCUCUAUCUUCAAGGGACAUAGCUCCUGCCCUGGGCUUGGGGAGGUCAUCUGGAGCUGGUGUGUCUUACAAUUGCUUUGACAGUGUUAGUAUCAGAUCACCACAAACCCUGAAAAAGAAGCCACAGCCUAUAAACAGCCCAUCCCAGGAACGAUUAUCAGAACAAAACAAAAAAAACCAGUUCCAGUUGGCUAGAAAUGUUGCAUUCUUCAUUAUUAAUUUUUUUUUUUACUGUUAUACCUCUCUACCAUAAUCAUUUGAAUCAGCCACAUAACAAAUCAAGGAAAUUAAGGCCUACACAUUUUAAGUUAACUAGUUAAGCUAAGUAAGUUAAGACAUUUUAAGUUAACUCAAACUUCAUCUGCUUCCCUGGAUUAUCCUUACUUUCCAAAUAUUUAAUCUCCAGAAAUGUUUUUCUCCAAAAAUGCUGAUAAAGAACCUUUCCAUCAUUCCAGCUAGAAGGAACGGCUCAUACUAACAGGAUUGAACAGUCAUAAAAAAAAAAAAGUCAUCGUCCAUAGAGCACCACUGGGGCUAUUAACACAAUGGCUGUAAUUCUAAAGGGAAAGCAAGAUAGAUAAUUAACAUGACCAGCUUGAUGACAGAGGCCCCCAAAAUGAUCUCUAGUUAAGUCCUUAAGAGGUAUAGACCGAAUGCCUCCAUAAAUUUUUCCAGCCCCACCAUUUAACCUUACCUGUCCAGAUUUUGAACCUUGUCUUCACUUACACUGCCUAUACCUUUUGAUCAGAUCCCAUAGUUUGGGGGGGACAAGUGGACAUUUUUCAGUAGAUUACAUGAAUGGUUCAUCUUUGUGACUGCGUGAAUGGCUUCAGUGUAGUUCAGAUCCCUUAAGUCAUGAAGAAUAGUUGCUUUGUGACUUUUGUUCACUUUGAGCCAUGCUGACUCUCAGUCCAAUCUAAGUUAACUCCAGUCUGGUUCAAUCCAUUCAAUCUAUAGUCUCCAGUACAAUCUAGUUCAUGCUAUGUCCAGUUAAAUCCAGUCCGAGCUAACUUCAGUUCAACCCAAGUCAUGCUAAUUCCAAUUCAAUUCAAUCCAUGCUCGUAUCAAUCCAACCCAUUUCAUGCUAAAUCUAAUUAGUCCAAUCUGUGCUCACUCCUCCAGUCCAACAAACAUCAACUCACUUCACCUGAUUCCGUUUAAAAAUACCACUUUCCUGUGACUCCACAAUUCCUCUCUGUCCAGAGAAAAAGACACCCUUCAGUCCUGAGAACUACAUAUAAUUGCAUCUCCACCGACUGCAUCUGGGUUUUUUUUCCCUAAAAUACUGUCCUCCACUCUCACCUUACCUUAAAAGCUUCAGAUUUUACUAGUUGGUUUCAUUUCAACCUCUGGGGAAAUCUUCUGAAAUUGGCCUGGGUUUUAGGUUGCUAGAGGAUUUUCUAACUCUCAUUGGCUGACAGAGAUGAAGAAUCUUUCUUUUUUUUUUUUCAAACUCUAGAAUUCAAUCAAAAAUGUGUCCUCUCUCUGUCUCUGCUCUCUGGUUAGAGUCCAUGCAGUGCCCUCAUCAUGGUUCAUAGUGGGUUAGUGUGUGCUAAAGAGCCCAGGACUCUUGGUUUCUACUUUCAUUCCUUCUCUGAUAUUGGCGAUUUUAGAAAUACCUAUUUGUACUUGUUAGUGAAUCAUGGCUCUAAAAUCAUUCUUUUCAUUCAAGAAACACUGCUAAAAAUAUUUGCUUGUGAUCUGCUAUGCCAUGUGCUGUUUCAUCAGAAAUACAGAUCUUUAUGCUUCUGUAACAAGAUAGAAAGUAACACGCCAAAUUUAGGAAAAGAAUAAAAAGGAAAGCCAACUUUUGGUAAUGUUUUUCUCUCUCUGAAUACACAACAGAAGGAAUUGCAAGGUCCCAGUUCUUUAUUACUGUACACAGAUGUUUGAUAGUGUUAGAAGCCAAAUGAUUUUGUUACCAUGACUCUUGUGUCCUAGCAGAUGAGGGGAUGAUAAGACCAUCAUUCUAAUUGGAUUGUAGGAUUUCUCUGGUUCAGAUUUGAUUCUCUUUUGUGGUGGUUGUGGGUUUUUUGGGAUUGGGGGCUUGCUUGUUGUUUGGGUUUGGGUUUUUUUUUUUUUAAUUGUGGUUGAUUGUUUUCUUGUUAUCAAAAUCAUGAAACAUGAAACCACCUAUUUGCUGUCACCUGAUAAUGAUUGCCGCUUCUUGAAUUGACGUUGUCACCUAAUUGUGCCGAAGCAGUUGCUGAAAUCACAAGAAGACAAUGUGUGCUCCAAAACUGACUGGCUUUAAAUGCUAACUGAAGAGCUUGUUAUCUAUAGUAGCUAUACUGUGUAAAGUACGCGCUUAUUUGCCAUAGACACUUCUGGUUAAGCAUAAGGUAAAAGGAACAUUAGGCAGGAAAAAAAAAAACACAAGUAAGAAUUGAUUAGUUUUGGGUAAAGAUGCUGUUAGCCCUUUGGAACUGUAAUGGAUCACAGCAGUGGUCAGCAGAUGAAUGAGGUGUUAACUGUUCCAAUAAUGUUCCCUCAACUGCUAUCAACAGAAUGGAUGCUUGGACUUCUUUUCUUUUCUGCAAAAUUAUAUCGCUAUAGUGCUUGUCUGUGCAUAUGUGCAUAACAAAACCCAUUUUAAUAUGUUACUUCUAUAUCGUGGUUUAUUUUUUGACCUUUUAAUAAAGUGUACAAAAUUCC